UUUAGCGACUCGUUUAGACUUCGUUGAAUUCUGUAGAACGGGGAUAAGUGCUGAUCCUGAAUACAAUUAUUAAAUUUAGCUGAGAGUUACUAAUUUAGAGAGUAAACACAGCAGAAGGUAUACACAAAUGUCUGAAUCGGAUCUUUUAGCUACGGAUCACAUUGAUGGUCUAGAUGGACUUGAAAAUGGUCAGGACAGCGAUGCCAUCAUGCAGUGUGACAGUGUUAAACGUGAAUUAAAUGAAGCAAAUAUCGAUGAUCCGGAAUUAGAAGCUAUUAAGGCACGAGUCAGAGAAAUGGAAGAAGAAGCAGAAAAAUUAAAGCAAUUACAGUCUGAAGUGGACAAACAGAUGAAUAUGGGUAGUCCACCUGGGAUAACAAGUCCAUUAAACAUGUCACUGGAAGACAAAAAAGAAGUUGAUAAUAGAUCAAUUUAUGUUGGAAAUGUAGAUUAUGGUGCUACUGCUGAAGAACUAGAACAGCACUUUCACGGUUGCGGUAGCGUUAACAGAGUGACAAUACUGUGCAAUAAAUUCGAUGGACAUCCGAAAGGCUUUGCGUACAUAGAAUUCGCAGAACGGGAUUCCGUGCAAACGGCGAUGGCUAUGGACGAAUCUAUGUUCAGAGGUCGUCCAAUCAAAGUGAUGCCAAAAAGAACGAACAGACCUGGACUGUCAGUGACGAACAGAGGACCACGUGGAACGCGAGGGUAUCGAGGUGUAGCUAGAGGAAUCAUACGCGGUAGCGCAUACUUCGGAUAUAGACCUAACAGACGACCUAGGAGUUACAGACGAGGAUUCUAUAUGCCAUAUUGACCAUUUUAAAACGUUGCACUGGGAUUUUACGAAUUGAGGUAAGUUCUUCUGAUCUAUACUACGAGUUUAUCACUUUUUUAUGAUUAUUCCCUCCUGGGCGAAUCGAUUUCUCGUAUGUUAAGUACAAAGUAUUUUUACUACAUUUUCAUUUUCUGUUUGGGCAAUCGGUUCAUAUGUUGUAAAAUAGUACGUCUCUAGGAAAUGCUAGUGACAUAAAAUAUUUAUAUAGUAUUGUAAUUAUCAGAUGAAAAGUAAUGUUCACUAGCUGUUCCUGAAUGAAUGUGAAACUUAUUUUUCAGUGACGGUUCAUUGUAUGUAAUUAGAUCGUUCUAACAUUCUGAUAUGUCUAUAUGAUUUUAUUAAAAUGAUUGUAAAUUCGCGAUGCUAUUAAUCUCAUUAAAUUAUAUCGAUUAACUUUUUCGAUAGUAUAAAUUCAUAUUUAGAUACAUUAGCUUGUUCGGGAAAUGUUAUUACAUUGUGCUCAAAACUUUCAUCUGCCUCGACACUUGGCCAUAUUUCAAUCCUAAAGUGUUUCGUUUUUAACAUAUAUUUUACGACGCAUUUCGUUUGUUCAAAUUGUUAAAUAAUUAUUGUACAAAGAGAGAGUUUUUUCUUAAUACAGAGUAGUAUGGCCACGUGAACUGUGACAUUAGAUAUUGUGAGUUUUUGUGCAUAUCUCAUUAAAUGGUUUACACAAAACUUACAAAUAUUUAUGAACACGCAUUACGAUAUCACGCAGCUAAGGUGUUUUAAGUAAAUUGUUAUGAUAUGUCCACAGAAAAAAAAACUGAUACGAUGG